AUGGAACACCCCUUCCCUCCUGCGUUUCGCUCGACUUCUUUACCCAGCGCAAGCUCUCGCAAUCGGCCCGCCCCAGCAAACCUCGCGCUCCCCCAGCGCGGCUCGGAGUUUGCAGCCGGACAAGGCCCUAUAACUCCACCAAUGUCUCCGGGCCACAGCGAAGAAGACGAUCCUGUCCUUUCCAUCGCUACCGACUCUCGCUACAGUCGCGAUAGCAAUAAUCAUCUCGAUAUUGAACCUUGUUCUUCAGAUAGCUGCCCAGGAGAUUCUCAGCAAGCUAUGGAUAUAGAUCCUAGACCUUCUUCCCCUAGACCACCGUUACGGCAUCUUGAGGAUGAAGAGUGUCAUUUGGCAAGAGGCACACUCAAAUUGACUGACUUUGAGGUGAAGGGGACGCUGGGCACGGGGACAUUUGGGCGCGUCCUCCUCGUACGCUUACGCGGUGCAUCAUCACCUCGCACUCAAAGCUGCUUCGCGCUCAAAGUACUGCGCAAGACCGAAAUUGUCCGCCUGCGCCAAGUAGAACAUGUAAACGCUGAAAGAUAUAUAUUAUCACGUGUCCGGCACCCUUUCAUUGUCGACUUGUAUGCGACGUUCCAGGACAGCCUCAACAUUUACAUGCUAUUGUCCUAUGUUCCUGGCGGAGAGCUCUUCACCCACCUCCGGAGGGCGCGGCGAUUCACACCCGAUGUCACACGGUUCUAUCUUGCGACCAUCAUCCUUGCUCUAAAAUAUCUCCACUCCUUCAAUAUCAUAUAUCGCGACCUCAAGCCGGAGAAUCUCCUUCUGGAUUCGCGCGGAUACCUUCGCUUGACGGAUUUUGGCUUCGCGAAAAUAGUUGAUGACCGCACAUGGACCCUAUGCGGCACUCCGGAAUACUUGGCUCCAGAGAUCAUUCAGUCGGACGGUCACGGAAAGGCUGCGGACUGGUGGGCAUGUGGUAUUCUCUGCUACGAGAUGGUGGUUGGGUAUCCUCCUUUCUUCGACCAGACGGCAUAUGGGAUCUAUGAGAAAAUUCUGAAGGGCAGAAUCCAUUGGCCGAGGGACAUAGAUCCUCUGACGAAAGAUAUUAUCAAGGCCUUUCUGCAUCCAGACCGCACCAAGCGACUCGGAAAUUUGAUCGGAGGUCCCCAAGACGUCUUAGACCAUCCCUGGUUCCGCGGCGUUGAUUGGGAUGCUCUGGAACGGCGGGAGAUCAGAGCUCCGAUUAUCCCCCAUGUGAAUUCAUUGGACGACACACGCCAUUUGACGGAUCUUCCUCUUCCUCCAUCGGAGGAGUUCCCUGGGCUCAUUCGGGAAGAAAAUCCCCGGGCUCUUCAGCAACGUUUUGAUCCCACGGCCUACCAAUUCUUGGAGUUCUAA